AUGGACGCUGAAACUCUGCGUACCAUCUUGGAAGCCCAAACCAAGGCUCAGCAGCAAAUGUUCAGUGAGCUGAUGAAGCGUAUGGAAAAGAUAGCCUCCUUUUCACACCCAGGCGUUCCAACAGCACCCCUCGCCACGGCCGAAUUCGUCACAAAUUCUCUAUCGACACGCAUAUCUGAGUUCGUGUACGAUCCGGAAAAUGGUUGUACAUUCGAGGUCUGGUACAACCGUUACGAGGAUAUAAUCCAAAAAGAUGGUGCUACGUUGGACGAUGCAGCAAAAACUCGACUAAUCGUCUCCAAACUCGACGCCGUCACAUAUGCCCGUUUCACGAACCAUAUUCCUCCUAAAAGAGCAUGCGAUGUUCCCUUAACGGACACCGUGGCUGUUCUGAAGGAAUUGUUCGGAUAUAAUAUGUCAGUAUUCGCGAGACGUUAA